AUGAGGAGCGUAAUUUUAAUACUGUUAAUACCAUUUUCACUUGGUAAAAUAAUUCCAGAAAGUACUAAUGCUACAGUCAAUAGUGUCGGUAACUGUGCAGGAGUCAGUUCAACUUGUGAAAUUGACCCAUUUGGGACUCUACCAACACCCCUUUUAAUUCGCGGAACUAACUUUGUAUAUCCAGCUAGUUCUGCAGCUACUACUCUAACAUUUGCAGCUGGCGAAACAAUAGACUUUGCUUGUCCUGGUGGACGAGUUGUAACCGACGGCAUUACAACUACUUUGCAAGUAGCGACAGCUUCUUGUGUUAGCGGAACUAGGUUUAUUGUCAAUAAUGCCAGAUUUUUGUUCAGGCAAUUGACAUGUAGCGUUAACCCUGUUUCAACUAUUCGCUACACUGGUAACUCUUGCAACGUAAUCGGUCGUGAGAUAGAAGUUGGUUACCAAAUAACCACUGCCAGAUUUGUGAGAACAAUGUUGAUAUGUUUUGAUACAUCAACUCAAUCAACUAUAUAUACUUACUAUGACUUGGUACCAGCUAUUAAUAAUCAAAUCAGGGGCACACCAAGGCCAGACUGGGAAGAGGGCUCAGGGAUAUAUUCAUUUUCGAAUGUAAACAGUUACUAUGUGAGAGGUACUCAAAGAAGGACCAUCAAUACUUUAGUGGGCUUGGCGGCAACAAACACCAAAUAUAUUCAAAACAAUAAUUAUUUUUUGUCUAGAGGUCACUUGAUUGCACGAAGUGAUUACUUCUACGCAACUCAACAAAACAGUACUUUUUAUUUCCCAAACGCUUUGCCUCAAUGGCAAAGCUUUAAUGCAUUCAAUUGGGACCAAGCUGAAACAGAUGUACAAGAUUAUGCUGCCAGGAAUAAUGUUAACUUGCAGGUUUGGACAGGUGGAUAUGGAAUUGCUACUUUACCUCACGAAACCACCGGAACUCAAGUACCUCUUUAUCUUUAUGUUAGUGGAAAUACACGACUUAUUCCAGUUCCUCUACUUUACUGGAAGGUGGUCUACAACCCAAUUACUCAAAGAGGUGUGGCUUUGAUCGGAGUAAAUAAUCCGUAUAUCACCUGGAAUCAGAUAGACCAAUUUUGUGUUGACCAAUCCGACAGACUGACGUGGUUGAACUGGAGAAAAGAUGACCAAUCAAGGGGAUUAUCCUGGGCCUGUACAGUUACAGCUUUUAGAAGAAUUGUUCAAUCUAUGCCCAAUAUUGAGAUUCGUGGAUUACUGUUCUAA